AUGGCGCGCUCUAGUCUAGAUCAACCGUCGCAACCUUCCUCGGCAUCAUUACCACCACAAACAGUGCCAUCCCCAAUACACUCGUCACAGCCAUCCUCGUUGCCUCCAGAUCUGGAAUCUCGACCCUCUCCUGCCACCUACCGUUCUCAUUCCUCCUCCACCAAACUCGAUCACACUAGCUCAACCGGCACUGCGCCUAGCCUUCAUCGCGAUUCGCACGACCACCACGCCCGUUUCCAACACGACGAUGACGACGCAGAAAGCCAGCACCAUCGUAACGACCAUGACCAUCAUGACGACGCCACUACCGCAACCCCCCCCACACCCGAGUCGGGCACCGAGCACGAGAUCAGCCUGUCAGAUCAGACCAAUUUCCUCCCCAAGCAGCAGGUCAUCCUCUGCUUCAUCGGCCUCUCAGCUGCUUUGUUCACAGCGCUGCUUGACCAGUCGAUCAUCAGUACUGCGCUUGGCAGGAUCACCGAGUCCUUCCAUGCCGGCAACCAAUCCUCUUGGCUCUCCACAUCCUAUCUCUUGACCUCCACCGCUGCCAGUCCGCUCUAUGGCAGGUUCAGCGAUAUCUUUGGACGCAAAGUCUGCCUCUUGGUCGCCCUCAUCGGCUUCUUGAUUGGAAGCGCCCUCUGUGCCGCCGCUCAAUCCAUCACCCAGCUCAUUGUCUUUCGCGCGCUGUCCGGUGCCUUUGGCGGUGGAAUCGUCUCGCUCGUCAUGGUUGUCAUCGGCGAUGUCGUCUCGCUUCGCCAACGUGGUACCUACCAAGGUGUGGUCGGUGUUGUCGUUGCGCUCGCCAAUGCAGGUGGUCCGCUCAUUGGCGGUGCACUCGCCUCCGUUGGCUGGCGUUGGUGCUUCAUCAUAGCAGUUCCCAUCAUCCUUGUCGCACUCGUCAUGGUUGUUUUCCUACUUCCACUCAAGAAAGUGGACGGCGACAUCAAGAGCAAGCUCGCCAAGGUCGACUACCUUGGAAUUCUGCUUGUACUCGCCGGCACUGUUUUGAUGCUUCUCGGUCUCAAUUGGGGAGGUCAGCAGUAUUCUUGGACCAGUCCACGCGUGCUUGUGACGCUCAUCUUAGGCGCCGUCCUGUACAUCGCCUUUGCCUUCGUCGAGGCGCGGUUUGCAGCGUUGCCGCUCGUCCCCAUGCGACUGUUCCAGGUUAGCACCGUUUGCAGUGUGUUGGUCCAAACAGUGGCAUCGGGUGGCAUCUUCUAUCUGCUGCUCUUCUUUGUGCCCCAAUUUGCGCAGGUGGUCAAGGGAUACUCGGGCAUCAAGGCGGGAGUCACGUUGAUCCCGCUCAUGGCGUUCCAGGCCAUAUCGUCGAUCGUUGCCGGUGUGCUCACCUCCAAGACGGGCAAGUACAAGCUGAUCAUCGUCUCUGGCUUUGCUUGCUAUUCAAUCGGAGUGGGACUGCUCAGUCUGCUGAACCGAUCGUCGAGCAUUGGCGAGAUGAUUGGCUUUCUGCUGCUUUCAGGAUUCGGAGCCGGUGGCACUUUCCAAACCACGCUUGUCGCAGCACAGAAUGCCGUCGACCGUAAAGAUUUAGCGGUGGUUACAUCGGCACGUAACUUUGCGCGUCUGUUCGGAGGAACGCUGGGUCUGGCCAUCAGCUACACCAUCCUCAACAACACGGUGCGUCACUACGUGAGAUCCUUGCCGUCGGAUGUGAUCGCCCAAGUGGUACGCAACCCGGAGAUUAUUACAUCUGGACGCUUCGACGCUGCUACCUCGGAUUUGCUGCUCGACGCGUACGUGCAGGCUUUCCGCAACGUGUUUAGGUUUGGGUUGGGUUUGACGCUGCUGGCGUUUGUCGUGACUGUAUUGUUCACCAAAGAGUUUAGUCUGGAUCGAAAGGACGACGAGCAGAGGAGGCAGGAGGGCAAGCAGUGGUAUGCCGAAAAGAAGGACAGGAGGCAUGGCAAGAGGCAUCCUGACGAUCAGAGUGCGCUGCCAAGUCGACGCGCUUCUGCCGAUGAUGAGGGGCAGCACGAGCAAGGCGGGCAAGGUGACAGGGACGUCGAGAAGGCUCUGCCGCCCUCUGACACUGCCGCCCCCGCCGCCACUGCUCCGCGCUAG